GCGGCGGCGCGGCAGCGCCUUUGUGGGGAGACGCCGCGUCGGCACCAGCGCCGCCCGCGCCGCGGCCGGGGCUCCCCGCCGCCCCCAUGAGCCGCCUGUAGGGUACGCGCUGCAGCACCCCUGCGCCCCAGGGGCUCGGGGUCGGUUGUUUUUUGGGUUCCCCCUUCCCCCUUUUUUUUUCCUUAACAGUCUAUUUUUGUACACUUUGCUAUAAAACCAUGGUGCUGGGGAAGGUGAAGAGUCUGACGAUAAGCUUUGACUGUCUGAAUGACAGCAAUGUCCCUGUUUACUCUAGCGGGGAUACAGUCUCAGGAAGGGUCAGUCUAGAAGUAACUGGGGAAAUCAGAGUGAAAUCUCUUAAAAUCCAUGCGAGGGGCCACGCUAAAGUACGUUGGACUGAAUCGAGGAAUGCUGGAUCCAACACUGCCUAUACACAGAACUACACCGAAGAAGUGGAAUAUUUCAACCAUAAAGACAUCCUGAUCGGCCACGAGAGAGAUGAUGACAAUUCAGAAGAGGGCCUUCACUCCAUCCAUUCAGGAAGGCAUGAAUAUGCAUUCAGCUUCGAGCUUCCACAGACACCACUUGCUACCUCAUUCGAAGGCAGACAUGGCAGUGUGCGCUAUUGGGUGAAAGCCGAAUUGCAUAGGCCUUGGUUUCUACCAGUAAAAUUAAAGAAGGAAUUUACAGUCUUUGAACAUAUAGAUAUCAACACUCCUUCAUUACUGUCACCCCAAGCAGGCACAAAAGAAAAAACUCUCUGUUGUUGGUUUUGUACCUCAGGCCCAAUAUCCUUAAGUGCCAAAAUUGAAAGGAAGGGCUACACCCCAGGUGAAUCAAUUCAGAUCUUUGCUGAGAUUGAGAACUGCUCUUCCCGUGUGGUGGUGCCAAAGGCAGCCAUUUACCAAACACAGGCAUUUUAUGCCAAAGGGAAAAUGAAGGAAGUCAAACAGCUUGUUGCCAGCCUGCGUGGAGAAUCCUUGUCAUCUGGCAAAACAGAAACCUGGAAUGGCAAACAGUUGAAAAUUCCACCUGUUUCUCCUUCAAUCCUUGACUGUAGUAUAAUCCGUGUGGAGUAUUCACUGAUGGUAUAUGUGGAUAUUCCUGGCGCCAUGGAUUUAUUCCUUAACUUGCCACUGGUCAUUGGCACCAUUCCUCUACACCCGUUUGGUAGCAGAACAUCAAGUGUAAGCAGCCAGUGUAGCAUGAACAUGAAUUGGCUUGGUCUGACACUGCCUGAAAGACCAGAAGCACCUCCCAGCUAUGCAGAAGUGGUUACGGAGGAACAACGGCAGUCCAGCCUUGCACCCUUAGGUGUUUGUGAUGACUUUGAGAGAGUGCUUCCAGGACCACUGUUUGCAUACAUCCAGGAGUUUCGUUUUCUGCCUCCACCCCUUUAUUCAGAAAUUGAUCCGAACCCAGAUCAACCCACAGACGACAGACCAUCUUGCCCUUCUCGUUGAAAGAAUCCAUAAGAAGCUGACUUGACUUGGGUUUGGAAUCGUACCUGCCGUGUUGAAGGUCAAGGCAUCAUAGUGGAGACACACUUUCAAAGAAAGUGGGUUUACUCUUGCCUGUGUGGUGAAUAAAUGAAAACAACCUGUGAUUAUGCUUUGAAGCCUACAGUAACAUUGUAGGACUGCUCCACAUGCUUGAAGAACUGAGCUUUCCCCCCCUCCCUCUUAAAUACUGGCACAUACUAGGAGCAGCCUUACUAACCUACAGUCAUGUGUGUCCAAACACUCAAACCACAUUAAGAGAGGUUUGGCUUCCUCUUACAAUUUGGAAAUUUGCACAUGCUUAUUGCUUACAUUGUGCGGUUCAGUGUCACUACAGCUUUUUCUCAUUUAUGUCGGACAGUUGUUAGCCCUUUCUUAUGUCUUGUGGUCCGCACAAUAAGGAGCAAAAGAAAGCUUUGACAAAAAAGAAAGAAAGAAGCAAACAAAAAACCCAACAGCAAGAGACUUUGACAAAUGCACUGACUUUUCUUUUUUUUUUUAAUUUAAUGUAGCCUGGACUUUACCUGCAUAUGCACAUGCUCAGAAUUGUCCUAGUAGGCUGAUCAUGUAUCACCUCUUCAGCUUGGAUCCUAUUCUGGAUUUAUUUUACAAACAUCAAAUGCCUUCAAGCCAAUCCUUCUUGCUGUAUGUUUUGCAGCCUACUGUAGUAAAUAAGCAACAAGAUAUGGGGAUAGGGUGGGAGGGUGAAGAGUUAGAAAGAAACUAAUAGACUUUGUCAAGAUUGUAUACUUUCUUGAUUUCUUUUAAGAAUUUGUUGCCUUUCUACUAUUAUCGCAAAGCAGCAUUUUGUUACAGACUGCCUAAAAAUCACUUAAUCUCAGGUGAACUCAUCACUUGCCAAACUGUUGGAAUGCUAUUUGUUUUUUUUACAUUGCACUGUUUAGUUCUUUUUUUGUUUUGUGUUUGUGUUUGUUUUUUGUUCUUUACUUGAGAGGGAGAUCUGGAAUAAGGACAUACACAAAAGUUACAAAACCCUCCUCAUUCCCAUUUCUCUUUCUGCAUUAUAAAAAAAAGAUGUUCAAGUUGUGAAGCUCUAAAAGAAAGGCAUAAAUGAAAGCAGCACCAGCAGACACCAGCUUUUCCUCAAAAGAUUCUUAAAAGGAAGUGGUCGUACACUGCCUAGGAUUCACAGACAAACCAAUACUUCAAGUGGUAGGGAUAGGAAGGGAAAGUAAAUUUAUUUUUAUAUAUAGCUACUUAAUCACCAAAAAUUCUAUAUGUGAUGGGUGUAAUAGAAAGUAUAUUUCAAACUGCAGGAAAAAGCUGCUUUUAUGCUAAGAGCUCAGUUUGUGCACUUUGUAUUACCUUCAGGGUUUAUGAUACUGUACAAGAUUACAAGUGUAAUUAAAGUGAGAAAGAUCCAUGUUACCAGCCGUACCUAAAUAUGAGUUAGCUGGAAGUGCUUUGAUAACUGCAUCUUCUGUGACACUCUCAAGAGCUUUAAAACAAACAGAACCUUGAAUUAUACCAUGUAUUCAUGCAGAAUGUAAGAAAACAUAUGGAAAGAGCAUUUGCCUUUGAGUAUGCCCCAGGAAAAAUAGUGCAAUGAAGCCAUUGCCUGUGCUAACAAAUACCAGUGCUUACAUGCUAGAGAUGUACAAUGGAAGUCAACUUUGUUCUUCAGAAACUGUGGAAACAGAUCACUGACAAAGGGACACCAUUCUGGUCUUGGCUGUUUGAACAAAUCAAGAUCUAAUCCAUCAAAUACUUGUCUCCUUGUGCAGUAAAAAAACUCUGAAGAGAGUGGGAGAGAGGAGGUUGGUGUUUCUGCAUGGUGCUCAUUUUUAAAAACCUUUGCCUUGUUUUUAAGGCUUCAUAAAUGUGACAAAAUAGGCUUUUCCAUAAGUGGCCUUUAUGAGAACAUGAAAUAUCAUUCAUGUUUCAAAAAUGACAACAGGGUGAUAAAAUAUAAAUGAGUCGCGUUUUAAGUGAUUCAGUUAAAAGGCUUGGGUUUGGAGCGGGAAUAUUGGCAAAGAAGGAAAUUGGAUGAUGUUACUAGGCCAAUUUUGUGGAUGUCCCUUCCCUCUACCCUCUCCAACCAGACAAUUUUUAAAGCUGAUGGGAUCGUUGGUAUAAAAGGGCAUUUGGUGGUUUUACUUUUUUUUCCUUUUUUGUUGUUUUUACAGACUAGGGAACAAUUCCUGAUAUAUACAGCAUUAAAGUACUUACCACAAUACAAUGGAAAAUUGCAUAUGAGGCAGGAUUGACCAAUAUCAUAGUAAUUCACUUGGCAUUACAGUCUUUAUGAUUAGAAUGAAAAAUUGUAUAAGUUUAUCAAAUAAAGACUUCCAUUUUAAAUUACUCAGAGGUGUUGCUCUCCCACAAAUAUUGGUCAAUUCACAGCAUUAUAAAACUUGAGGUUCACAGUUGAAACCCAGUAUUUGAUAGAGAAUUAUGAAUUAGGAAAAAGUAAGUAAAAUCCAAACAUUAGAGAAACAAAGUGCAAUAUUAAAUGUUUGCUUUAUAGAUUAUAUUCUAUGGCUGUUUGAACUUUUUUUUUGUUUUUAGUUUUGGUGCUGAAUAUGUCCUUGUAGACUCUUGUUUUAAGAAAACAGUAUGUGGAAAACAAGUUUAAUUUUUCCUAUUGCUCUUCCUUGUGAAAAAUAAACUUUUGUAAAAAAAAAAGGUUUUAAAUGUUGUAUCUAUGUGUAAAAUAAAAAACCACAAGUAUUACGUAAUAUAGGAA